UUUUUGAAACAUCGAUACUAUCGAUUCUUGAUGGCUAUAUGAGUUUGAUUAUGUUCUUGGAUUUGUUCCAUUUUCAGACAUUUGAAAAACUCAAUAAAAUUUACCAUGAAUUAUCAACAUCAAGGAUCUCAAUAUCAUCCUCCUCCUAAUCAAUCUAACCAGAUUGACAUGGAUGCUGAAAUGAGCAGAUUUGAAAAAGAAGUACUUUCGGUUUCAGCCAAUGCUAGCUCAUCAUCAUCAACAACAUCAUCUAAUUUUCCUGUUCAUUUUAUUCCGCAUCAAAUUCAACGACAACUACCUUUGCAACGUACACAACAAGCAACUUUCGUACCAGCCGGUCAAUAUGCUGGUUCCUCAAUGAAUUCGACAACCAUUCAAUCCUCGAAUCAAGGAAAUGCUAUGGGCCAAUCGGCCGUUAAUUAUACUGUCACACCAAUGCAAGUUCCAUCCAAUGUUCAACAAAUAUCGACAACACCUACUGGCCAACUCAUAUUGACAAAAACAAAAUCGAAAAGUGAAAAGAAAGGUAGUAAGAAGAAAAAAAAUCUGCGAAUUGCUGGCGGACAGGUUUGGGAAGAUCCAACUCUAGAGGAAUGGGAUCCCAAUGAUUUCCGUUUGUUUUGUGGUGAUCUUGGUAAUGAUGUUUCCGAUGAUGUUCUUACGCGAGCUUUCAAUAGAUAUCCAUCAUUCAUCAAAGCUAAAGUUGUCCGUGAUAAACGAACAAAUAAAAGUCGUGGUUUUGGAUUUGUCAGCUUUAAAAAUCCAGUUGAUUUUGCUCGUGCCAUAAAAGAAAUGAAUGGUCGUUAUGUUGGAUCACGUCCCAUCAAACUUCGUAAAUCAAAUUGGCAAGAUCGUAAUGUCGAAGUGGUGAAGAGAAAAAUGAAACAAAAACAAAAACUUGGCUUGGUUUAACAAAUUUUACAAAAUAAAAUCUUCAGACAUUA